AUGGCAGAACAGAAAAACAAAUCAAGUGACGCACAUAUUGGUGGUGAAGCUACCCUUGACUUCAUUCAGGAUUAUUUUGCCCUUGACGUGAAACUUAUCGACUUGUAUCAGCAAUGGAAACAAAACCAUAAACCAUACAUCACCACUGCCAAAGUGAAGCAACAAUCGCCUUUUGAUCUAUUCAGUGGCAUACGUACGCUCAGACAAGACCCGUGGGAAUGUCUAAUAUCAUUCAUUUGCUCAUCAAACAAUAACGUUAAGCGAAUCCUGAAGAUGUGCGAUAAUCUAUGUCUUCAUUUUGGCAACUAUAUCAAUGACUAUGGUGGUAUUUCAUUCUACUCAUUCCCAAGUCCACAACAGCUAUCAACUGAUGCUUCAGUCGAGACAAAAUUACGCGACUUGGGAUUUGGAUAUCGAGCCAAGUACAUUUAUCAAACAGCUUGUAAAUUCACUGACAAUGCAAAGUAUCCUGAUAUAACACUCACAAAGUUGAACAACUUACGUCAUGCAUCCUAUGAAGAAGCUCAUGAGUUUUUGUUACAAUUGACGGGUGUGGGGCCCAAAGUUGCCGAUUGCAUAUGCUUGAUGUCAUUGGAUAAAUCAAAUAUCGUGCCCAUCGAUACUCAUGUUUAUCAGAUAGCUGUACGUGAUUUCAAAUUCAAGGGAGGCAAAUCAAAGACAUUAAAUAAGGCCAUGCACGAUAAUAUAAGACUGUUUUUUCAGGACAUUUUUGGUGAUUAUGCUGGUUGGGCUCAGUCGGUGUUGUUUGCUGCAGAUUUGAGUGAUUUGAACAAUGGUGUCAAUGUUGUUGAAGUCAAGAAAGAAGAAGCGGAUGGUGAUGUGGUAGAUGUUGGCGUGAGUGUGAAGCGGGAGAUAGAAGACGAAGGAGAUGGCACUCUACUCAAUGAGAAGAAAGUCAGAUUGACAAAGAGAUCAGCUGUCACGGGGAACAGAAGUGCCAAGACAUUGAAGACGGAAACAUCAAUCACUGUCAAGUCAUAA